AUGUAUGAUAUUGUUGUUAAUUUUACAUGCGUUGUUCGCAAAUUGGGAGCAAGAAUCAAGAAACUGUAUCGUCAGGCAGAAAACACUGAGCAGUCGUCACCGCGGUCAAGAAACAAAGCAUUAGUUCCGGGUGCCGUCAGGACGCGUAUAAAAGAAUAUGUUGCGUCAAUAUUUCGACAUUCGGCAUCUGUGAGUGUUAUGAAAAAUGGUACGUGCAGUAGAACUGGUUGUUUUGAUACUGGUCUUGGUGGCGGCAAUGGUAGUCGCCCAGAACACCACCACCACAGCGGCACCAACCACCACGGCAGCACCGUCGAAGCCUUUAGGAUUUUGUGCAUCCAUUUUCAGAGGAGUAGAGCAGGCAGCUGAAGGUUUUCUCAAAGCAGUUUUUGGUGUUUUUGGAGGAUAAACAUUUUACAGUGAUCGUCGACGGAUUAUAUGUUUACCUACUUUCUACAAAUACCUACUGGUUUUUAAUAUAUUUUGUUAUUGUUG